CAACGCUCUUCCAAAGUCCUACAAUUUCCAAAGGGCUUGAACGCAGCGUGAACAAGGAAACGAAACGUUACUGCGGCCCCCGACAAGCAUCAAACUGAAGAAGUUAGCAUUACUACAGUCAGCACCCCUCCGCACAAACCCCCGCAAAGGCAGAGGAAAGCCGCGUGGCUCCGAACGACCAGGAGAAAAUAAGUAUUAUUAACUUCCACAGAGUAAUGUCAGUAUUAACAACGUUACAGAUAGUUUCAAGUAGUCGCUAGUCGUUUCGACCAAGUCAUCUGUGUCGUGACGACGAGGGCUUCCUCGCUGUGUUGAUUUCUUUCAGAACCGGCAGCCGAUAACGGUUAAACAAGUGGAGAUGCCUCAAAAACAGAGGUCCAAGACCUGGACGGAGCUGAAACAAGCUGGAAAUGAAUGUUUCAAGACGGGCCAGUAUGGAGAGGCCACCAAUAUUUACAGCCAGGCGAUCAAAGAGCUGGAGAAGUCCAAUAAAAAGGAACCGGAGGAUUUGGGCAUUUUGUACUCAAACCGUGCAGCCAGCUACCUGAAAGAUGGCAAUUGUGCGGAGUGUGUUAAAGACUGCAAUAUGUCUCUGGAGUUGUUCCCAUUCAAUGUGAAGUCUCUGCUCCGUCGUGCCUCUGCCUACGAAGCUCUGGAGCGCUACAGGCAGGCUUACGUAGACUACAAGACUGCUCUGCAGAUCGACUGCAACAUAGCAGCUGCUCAUGACGGCACCAACAGGAUGACGAAGGCUCUCACAGAGGCCGACGGUCUGUCAUGGAGAGAAAAGCUUCCUCCCAUCCCCACCGUUCCUAUGUCUGUUAGAGAGAAACUAGCCCAGAAAGCUACAACCAACGGUGCACAACCAAACCCUACACCGAAACAGAACGUCAACAGACAAAUGAACAAACCUAUUCCCAGUGAUAAAGACAAAAAGAAAGCCCAAGCCCUGAAAGAAGAAGGAAACGCCCUGGUGAAGAAAGGAGAGUACAAGAAGGCCAUAGAGAAGUACAGCCAGAGCCUCAAACACAACCCCACUGAGAUCACAACCUACACCAACCGGGCGCUGUGUUACCUGUCAGUGAAGCAGUACAGAGACGCUGUCAGAGACUGCGACGAGGCUCUGAUGAUUGACAGCAGCAACAUCAAGGCUCUCUACAGGAGGGCUCAGGCUCACCUGGAGCUCAAGGACAUCAAAGCCUGUGAGGAGAACCUCAACAGCCUGCUCAAAGUGGAACCAAACAACUCUGCUGGCCUGAAGAUGCUGCAGGAGGUGCAGAAGAAGAAAUGAGCACACACGAGGGACUCUGGAGGCGGCGGUAAGGAUCGGUCACCGCACUGCGUACAGAAAGGAGAGGAAGGGGAUGUUUUGAUGAAGAGUCUGUGCGACAGAAAACAGCCGAACGAACGGUGACACGAUUCAGCCGCUUCAGGUCAGAGACUUGACCUGCGUUUCCCAAAAGUUCCCUUUUACGCCGAAACCCGUUUUUGAUCCGUCUACUCACUUGGAACAAACGCGAGUUUGGUCUCGAGUCUCUUCUGGAAAACGCAGCUCUGGUUGAUGAGAACCGAGGGUGUAUGAGGAAGAAGCCUCGGCAAUGUUUGUAUUCUACCCGUUCUAGUGUCACUGAGUAUUUAUGGUUAAUUUAUAAGAGCUGAAAUUAUUGAGACGCAUCAUAAUUCUAACUGAGAAAUAAGCCUUUGCCAUCAUCGUUCGUAAAAAAAGUUCAGCAGGUAGUCAGGCAUCAUGUGAAGCUCCUGCUGGAUGCCAAAAACAUCUCUGCUUUCUCCUUAGCGCUCCCACAUCUGGCCUCGUCUCUCUCACGCAACACCAAAGAUCAUCUACCAUAGGAUGAGGCAUCCAAAUGUCCCGAUAUUGGAAAGCUUCCAUUAACACCCCCCCCCCUCUCUAGGGUUAGGGAAAUCAAUGGCCCAAUAAAACAGUGACACUAUACACCAUAACAUGUAGCAACUCUACCUAACUAAUAUUUGGUUCUAUAAAAUGCUUUCACUCUCAUCCCAAUAAGUAUCUAAAUUGCUAGUUUCGUUUGACAAAUAGUCCCCAGAGAAUCCUGGAGUCUCGCUUGACAAACGACUUAUUGACGGCUAAUUCCAAAUGACUGCAGCUCCGCCCCUCUUUAGAAUUUAAGGAAUCCACAUUGAAGCCCGCCUCAAAAUCUUUUAACCUACCUAUCUUAACAUUGGUGAUUGUGAAGGUUUAUUGUUCUGUAUUUGAGUUAAAAGUAAACAACCAUUUUUCACUUAUGUGAAUGUCAUGUUCUACACUCAGGUAGUUUACUUAUUUACCCGAUUUGUUUUCUUUUUUCUUUUUCUGAGGCUUUUGAGUUUGUGUGAAUGUUUGUUUUUCUCAUGAUGUUCAGGCCGUGUCCACGUCAUUCAUUCAUAUUUAUAUAUAAUUUGUUUAUUACCUAGGGCUGUAACGAUAUGCAAUAUGAAACCGAAAUCGCAACACUCAGAUCCACAAACCUGGAGUGAGAAGGCAGAAUUGCGACACGCCCCCUCCCAGAGUUAUCGACCUCGGCCAAUAAGGAGUCAGUUUGUUAAAUGGGCGUAAAGAGGUCUCCCCGUGGAUUUGAAGGGUCCAACUCACGUUUCCGAAGAGGGUAAACGUAGCGGUUGAUUUAGUAACCGAGCUAAAUGAACUUGAAACUGGCCGCCACUUCAUCUUCAAAAAUGGUGAUACGAACUGAAUCGUGGGUUUGGUGCAUUGUUAAAGUCCUAUUAUUACCUUUUUUAAGGAUCAGAGCAUCCAUUUGUUUGCGUUCUGGUUAAAAGACAAACACGUGAACCAAGUAAAUCUAUCCUCAAACGGGUCAUCGUAUACAAAGUACUGUCCCAUUCUGCGAUCGUAUUUUGUCCCAUCUCAUCGUACUAUUGUGAAACGCGUAUAAAUCUCAUCGGCGAUCCUGCUGUAGUUUGGCAAUCUCGGUCUUGCCUGAAGUGCCUGUCGUCAUCCUCUGUCUGCUGCUCUGCGUUAGUUUCUGGUUUAAAGAACAAAAAUAAAUUGCACAUCCAGUUACGUGUUCUCAAGCAAGAAAAGUUUGUAACAACACGUGCAUGCUUAUUCGUGUCUGCACAGGCCGACACUAUUGGAAACUGAGCUCCUUUUUGUUUGAUCACAUUUCUGCUGUUUUUAUAAUUUGCUAUUUUGUUUUUCUGUCAACCGGCUCCUGUUUUAACUGCAAAUAAACUUAAGAACUGAACAGACCCAGAA